AUGGCCUCCAGGAACAGGCACCGUAACCCUGGAGGCAAAAAAAAAAAAAAAAGAGGUCAGAACACCAGAUGAUGAGAAUGGGGAAAAACAGGGGAGGUCAGGGAGUCUGGGAGAAUAAGAGAACUGAAAUUGUCAUUUCACAAUCUCAAUUGUCAUUUCGCAGUUAUUUGCUGUUAUUAAGCACAACAAAGUGGGUAUGCUGGAGAAGUCCAGCCCACUGAUGGGGAAGAGCAGUUUCCAUUUUUCCUGUGUGGUCACACCACCUUAAUAACCAAGAUAUUGAGUGCAGAAGCAAUGGAGGUGAACGUCUCCACUGGGAUGGAGGGACUUGAAGAGCCACACCCAGCAUCCCCAGAGUCAGCAGGAAAUGUGGCCUUGCGCGUGGUUCCCCUGAUAGUGCUGGGGGUCACUUUUGUCCUGGGUGUCCUGGGUAACGGGCUGGUGAUCUGGGUGGCCGGCUUCCGCAUGGCCCGCACGGUCACCAGCCUGUGCUACUUGAACCUGGCCUGCGCCGACUUCUCCUUCACCAUCACCCUGCCCUUCCUCAUCGCCUCCCAGGCCAUGGACGAUCAGUGGCCCUUUGGCUGGUUCCUGUGCAAGUUCCUGCACGUCGUGGUGGACAUCAACCUCUUCGGGAGUGUCUUCCUCAUCGCCCUCAUCGCUGUGGACCGCUGUGUGUGCGUGCUGCACCCUGUCUGGGCCCAGAACCACCGCACCGUGGGCCUGGCCACCAGGGUGAUCAUGGGGCCCUGGGCUCUGGCCCUCCUGCUCACCUUGCCAGUCCUCAUCUUCUUGUCCACGGUCAGUGAUGAGCGGGGCCGUGUCUACUGCACGUUCAACUUUGCGUCCUGGGGGAACACCCCCAUGGACCGUCUGAGGGUGGCCCUGUCUAUGCUGCUGGCCCGAGGCAUCAUCCGCUUCCUGGUGGGCUUCAGCUUGCCUAUGUCCUCCGUGGCCGUCUGCUACGGCCUCAUCGCCAUCAAGAUCCGCAGGAGCGACACCAUCCAGUCCAGCCGGCCCCUGCGGCUGCUCACGGCCGUGGUGGCGUCCUUCUUUAUCUGCUGGUUCCCCUUCCAGCUGGUGGCCCUCCUGAGCACCAUCUGGCUCAAGGAGAUGCUGCUGGAAAGGAAAUACAAGAUCCUGGAAGACCUGGUGCACCCCACCAGCUGCCUGGCCUUCUUCAACAGCUGCCUCAACCCCAUGCUGUAUGUCUUCAUGGGCAGAGACUUCCGCCAACGGCUGAUCCACUCGCUGCCCGCCAGCCUGGAGAGGGCCCUGAGUGAGGACACGGCCCAGUCCAGUGGUCCCACAGUCAAGUCCACCCCAGCCCACGUGGAGGCUGAGUUACAGGCCAUGUGAGGGGGGUGGGGUGGGGAAGAGUCGUUGCUGAGCUCAGCCUGCCCCUGCCCUGCUCCCAGGCCCAGCCUCAGGGGAAUCUCCCGCCACCAAAAACACUUCGGUACUCCCUGAUUUGGGCUUGGGGACUGGGAGUGAGAAAUAAAUGAACCUAAGGAUGAUCAAAGUCUUUUACUGAGGCUCGGUGGUGGCGCGCUUGGUUAAUGCAAAUGUUACCAUAGUCAAGGACCCAGGUUCAAGCCCCUGGACCCCACCUGCAGGGGGGAGCUUCACAAAUGGUGAAGCAGGGCUGCAGGUCUUUCUCUUCCCUCCCCCCCAAUCUAUCCCCAUUCCCUCGCAAUUUCCCUCUGCCCUAUGGAAUUUAAAAAAGUUUUAAAAAUAUUAAAAGUCCUUUACUGCAAUGCAGUGAUACUAGGACCUUGUUUGACUGUACACCUGAGACUCACAUUUCAAUCUCUGAUGCACCAGAGUUCACCAGGCUUCUCUC